GGCAGGUUUACAUAGCUGAGGGUAUAAGCUGCUGUCUAUUUUUGGAAUUUAUAGUGGCCAUUUUUUUCUCGUUCGCUCACUUGGUAUUCUCCCCCUUUGUGUUGAUUGAGAUUUUUAGAGCGAUAUGUGCUGUUUUUAUACAUGUCAGAGGGAGAUUUGUCCAAGCUGCGAGCAUCGUACCAGCUCAUUUAUCGCCACCGUAUAGAUUUUCGCUUCUCAAUGGAAGACAUCUUCCCACUCGCUGCGAGAGACGGAGUGAAGCACAGUUUGCAUUCGCUUCGCAUCUGUGUUCCCAUCCACGAGCGAGGGACUUUUUAUAAAUGAAGAUUUGAAAAAAAAAAUAAAAAAAAAAAUAAAAAAAAACGAAGUAGCCCACCGGCCGGGAGACAACCUGUCGGCCUGUAACGCUGGGGGCUUAGGCUACAUAUAAUCAGGGACCGAACCGUCCGUGUUCACGCCCUGGACCCUGGACAACAGCAGAACGGCUGGGAAGCGCUUUCACAUUUUGACCGUAUUUGCUCAGCAGCAAGGGGGUCAAGGUGUGAUCCAUGGAUCUCACAAGAAGAGCCGAUUAAUUAGAAGGUUUGAUUUCCUCCACAAUUGAGACACUUUGGUCCUCUCAAAGCUCUUUGUCUCGACCAAUCAAAGAGCUUGCCACCCACUGCUUCCCACUGCUAACCGUUGUACAGACAUCAUGGGUACGGUGCUGUCUCUGUCUCCCAGCUACCGCAAGGCCGUGCUGUUUGAGGACGGCCCGGCCACUGUAGGCCACUACACAGCGGUCCAAAACAGCAAAAACGCUAAGGAUGCUGCUGCAGCAGCCGGAAAAUCCCUCAAACGCCCUUCUAUCAUCAGUGUGUUGCCAUGGAAACGCAUUGUGGCUGUAUCGGCGAAGAGGAAGGGCUCCAAGAAGUUGCAGGCAGACGGCGGGGACGGUGGGAAAGGGAGCCCUCUGGAUGGCCAUGCCACAGCCACGGCCAACUCAGCCUCCAGUAGCCUGAAGCUGAAGAAGUCUCAGUCCUGUGCUAACCUCUCCUCUUACUCCUCAAGCCAGGACCCCUCGGCCACUACCACCACUACCUCCUCCAACCUGCCCGUCUCCAAGACCUUGGCUAACGUAGCUACUGUUGCUGCCAAAAAGAAUUCCAUCACAGGUUCCGGGAUCCAAACGUCUACCGCAACGGGCACACCAAAACGUGUCAUUGUCCAGGCCUCCACCAGCGAACUGAUGCGCAGCCUGGGUGAGUUCCUGUGCCGCCGGUGCUACAGACUGAAGCGUCUAUCCCCAACCGACCCGGUGCUGUGGCUGCGCAGCGUCGACCGCUCCCUCCUGCUACAGGGCUGGCAGGAUCAGGGCUUCAUCACUCCGGCUAAUGUGGUCUUCCUCUACAUGCUGUGCCGCGAUGUGGUCUCAUCCGAGGUGGCCUCAGAGCGCGAGCUGCAGGCCUCACUGCUCACCUGCCUCUACCUUUCCUACUCCUACAUGGGCAACGAGAUCUCCUACCCGCUGAAGCCCUUCCUGGUCGAGGCGGAGAAGGAAGCCUUCUGGGACCGCUGCCUGGAGAUCAUCAACCGCAUGAGCGGCAAAAUGCUCCAGAUCAAUACCGACCCGCACUUCUUUACCCAGGUGUUUGCUGACCUGAAGAACGAGAGCAAGAAAGAAGAGGAGAAGACCAAACUCCUCAUAGGGCUUGACCGAUAAGAGGGAGCUGGGAGGGGGAAGGAAGGAUGGAUGGAUAGAAAGAUAGGAGUUAAUAGGUUGAGAAGGGGUGGACAAAUGUAAUGCAGCGUAGGGAUACCUUGGUGCAGUACUGUUGUCUGGCGUCUCUACUAGUUCAUCAUUUACCAAAUGUCCUGUUUGUAACCCAGAACAAAGAGCUUCUGGGAGUAACCACAGUGUUUUAAUCAUCUGAGUUUGGGUAAUAAGCAGACACAGAAUUCCUCAGAUAUUUCUCAGAUUUUCCACAGAUUUUAAACAAAAUAAAAAAAUAAAUUAAACACAUAAUGUUAACAGAUCUCCACCGGAAGCAGAAAAACAGUCCGCUACAUUCUGCAGAUUUUCAUUCUGUAUCACCGCUCCGUUUGAGUCUGGUGAUGUGACAUUAACAGGCUGUGAGAAAGAGAUAUUUAUCAUUUUUAUUUUUUCACUUCAGGCUCAGAGACAUGCAUUAGUCUGACCUGUACCUUGUUUCAGUGAGAUAAGAAAUGCAAUCUGGAAUUUUUGAUAAAAAAAAAAAUGAAUUGGUUUAGAAAUGCCAGACAACACAGAUUUAUGAAUUAAGGGUGAAUAUUAUAUAUAUAUAUAUAUAUAUAUAUAAAAAUAUAGUGUACUGAUAGGAUGAUAUUGUGAGAUAGCAUCCAGGCAUUUCCGCUAUAGAGAAAUGUCCCAGUAAUGAAAAUCAAGAACCACCUUGCAUGAGGUCACUUCAUAUGUCGUUGCACAUGACCACCUGCUUAUUGCCAACUCCACUUUCCCUUAUUGCUAUAGCUAAUUGCACUCCCCAACACUGGCUGCGAGGUCCACUGUUGAAACUUUAAAAGCAUUAAAUAAUACCACGACAUGGAUGAGCUAGAAUCAACCACAACCCAACUAGUUGGCAAACUUGUGAGGCUGUGAAAUUUAAGUCAGUAUUUGGUGUAUUUGUACUGUAGUGGAUUAAUUAAUCCACAGCUUACAUAAAGUGCUGUACUUUCAAGGGAACAUUUGGGUUUAUCCAGUCCAAUCUGCUGUGAUUUUGGAGAUCAGUCAUUUAUUUGAAAUGUUUAUAUGAAAUGCUUAAUCUGUGUGUAAAAUAAUCCCUUGUACACAGAUUAAUAAUCAUUAAACAUGCCCUUCUCUAAGCUG